AGGUGUCGGCAACACUACACUUCAUUCAGCCGCUGCUAGACGCACUUCAUGGUUUGGGAGGACAUGAAGACAAAUUUCUCGCCAGUUUGACGGUUCAAUUUCGACUGCGUCCUCAUUUCGAUGAACCGUAAGUCUCCAUCAGGGACUUCAAACCCAUUUGACUGGCCACUGGGUAGGAAAGUCCCCAUCAGGCCAAAGAACCCCUGCAUCCUGCAUACGACUCGUCUCUGCGAAAGGCUGUUCAAGCAGAAGAGUGACUUUGAUAUCACAGACCCCAAUGGCUACCGGCUGACGUCAUUUCCAUACAACUGCCUGCAUGACCCCAACCUGAAAACAUAUAUGCACCGCAAAGAUGUACACAGCCUCCUCAUCACCCAUGGGUUCAUUACAGAAGAUGAUAAAGUCAUUUGCUCAGCAAAAGAGUUCAACAAGUACAAAGAUUACCUCUCAGAUGUGCAGUUGAGUUGGGAUCAAAAGUUUAAGAUGGAGCAGAAAAAAAUAGUACGUGCAUUCCUGGUUCUGCAAGAUCAGGGAAAGAUCCCAGCAGAUACAACCAUAGCUGACCUGGUAGAGAGGCUGCUUCAGAGAGAACAAAGUCUCUUUAUACAACCACAGGGGGCUCCUAGGGACAGGGUCCAGUCAAGUGCGUGGAGGGAGAAGGAUUGUUUGGUUUUGAAGCUUCCAAAGAUCAAGAAAAUAAAUAACCUGACAUCCUCUUUUUGUGAAGAUCACAUGACGUGGAAAGUGAAGGAAAGAAAGAUGCUGGAGGAGAUGGUGAAGGAGGUGCGGCGGGAGCUGCACCUGGAGCGACAAAGAAAAGCGCACCAGCAGAUGAGGGAUAAACAGAAACAAGAGUUGGAGAACAUGAUUUUGGUCUCUCAAGAGGAGAAGCUAAAAAUGCUUAUUGAAGCCAAAAGAAAGAUUAGAGGUGGCCUGGCUGAUGUUGUCAAGCUGUCCAGGCACUCAUUGACCAGGAUUGGAAGUAUGCACUCAGCAUCACUGCAGCAAAGACCUUCCCCCCACAAACUCAGGCCACUGCCCAAGACGAAUAUAACUUGGCCCUCUGAAGAUGUCACAGUGACUGCGAAAUCGACACCGAGCGUUUUCAGUCACACCACUUACCCGGUCAGGAAAACAGUCUGGACACGGAUCAGUCCCACACGUAGCCAUCAGCGCUACUACAUGCACCAACUGGAUGUGAUAGUAGAGAAGCUGGUAGAGGAGAUCUUGGAGCAUCACUUCCCUCUUUAUUUAAAUGGGAUGAAGUAGGAAGUGCAGGCGGGACAUUAAAAAGGAAGAAGUGAGCUUGCAAGAGGAUGGAAAAGUGGCACAGGAGAGGGUUGCAUUUAAUGGAAAGCUUCCAAGAACCUAGCACAUGCCAACUCUUAAGUUAAUGAAGACACCUUGUGAUUCAACAUGAGGAGUACCAUAUGGGGACCUCAUCACAGAUUGAGGACUGAGAGGACACAGGAGAGAGAAACCAAGGAGAAGGAAGUGCAUCUCCUAGCAAAUUUGUACUGCCUUGUUGUUGAUGUUAGGUGUCAUCGAGUCAACGCUGACUGCUGGUGACCACAUAUACAGUAUCUCCAGAAUGUUCUUCUUGUGACUUCUUGUGUCCUUAGGCUUGAAAGGGUCAACUGCACUUAAAACCUGAGUUCAUCCAUUUUGGUGCUGCUAAUCCUCUUCUUUUCCUCCUACUUGUUCAAGCGUUACCAUGUUCUCAAGAGAAUGCUGUCUUUGCAUGAUGUGGCCAAAGUAUGACAACCUUAGUCUUAAUAUUUAUGCUUAGAGUGAGCGCUCUGGCUUGACCUGGUCCAAGAUCCAUCUGUACCCUUAUAUAAUGAAAAACUGCUACCACUGACAUUACAUUAUAUACCCUUUUUCAUGCAAUGGGUUUAUUAUUCAGUGCAACAACAUUUUUGCCCUAGAUAUGCAGUCACUGUUUCCACAGUGGUUUAGUCACUGUUUUCAAUGUCUCACACUGUAGGGCAUGUGGACACUAUGCUUCUUACAUUAAACAAUUACUGUAUAUAAUUACUUCUUCCUAUCACAUUGACUGUCUCGAACAGUCACCACAUUGAUUAUGAGGCUGGAAGAGAAACAGACCCUAAACAAACUCAAACAUCAUGGACAGUUAAAUCUGAGGCUUUUCCUCUUCAGUAGAACCCAAGUAUAGCUUCUUUUUGGAAUCUGUUGGCUUUGGUUUGCACCCUCAUUGAUUUGUGUUCUGUUGAUAACACAAUCUAAUCAGAUUCAGUGGCUUUUUCUCUCCAAUUAGUUCAGAUCUUAUUGUUUGUAAACAAGAUCUACUAUAUCAUAAUGUGUCUUGGAUAUAAAUUGUGCUGGA